AUGUCCAUCCCAUGGCCUCCUGCAGUGCCCCUUCCCCCAUCUCCGGGUAGCACCGCAGCCUCCCCAUUCCCCCCCCCCCCCCCCGACUGCCUCCCGCCCGACUGCAUCCCCCCCGACUGCCUCCCCCCCGACCGCCUCCCGCCCGACUGCCUCCCGCCUGACUGCCUCCCCCCCAACUGCCUCCUCCCGACUGCCUCCCCCCCGACUGCCUCCCCCCCGUCUGCCUCCCCCCCGACUAUCUCCCCGUCCCCUCCGGCUGCCUCUCCAGCAUCGCCUCCGGCGCCUAAAUCACAAAUCCUUCGCCGCUCCGCCGACAUCCUCCGCGCCUCCUCCGCGCGCGUUCCCGCCUUCCGCCAAGCAGCAUCCGCGCUGCUGCACGCGCAACCUUCUGCGCAAUACGCCACAUCGUCGCCCCCCGCUUCCGCCUCUCCCGCCGUGCCGUCCGCAUCCGUUUCCGCGCGUGUUCCAUUCGGAUCGCAUGUGUCAGCGGCAUCCUUCCAGCGGCGAGGCUUCGCCAUCACGGCCACGGAGGAUCUCGUGAAGCUGCCACGUGUCAACGAUCCGAGUGCGCUCAGCACGCUCAAGGAAGCUCUGGCGACGGGGUGGGUGCCGUGCGACUCCUCUUUGAUCGCCAAAAUCGACAAGACGUUUAAAAGCACCGAUGACGCAGUAGCGAAGGAGGCGUUGUCAGCGCUCAAGGCGGCAGCGGAGGCGGUGGAGGUGUUUGGGGAGAAGCUGGAGCUGCUGCGCCUGGAGCUCGAUGAACUCAGUGGGGGCAAGUUCGGUGGCGAGGCAGUGGGGAAGAUCCCCGAGGACAUCAAGGCGGCGCUGUCCUCGGCGCUGAGGCGGUACUCGGCGUACUUGGAGGCGUUUGGGGCGGACGAGGGGUGGCUGCAGCGCAAGGUGAAGGAGGAGCUGGGCGCCGUGCUCAUCACCGUCAAGCAGCGCUGCAGCGGCCUCGAAGACGAGUGGAACCAGAUUAGUCUGCUGGGCACAUCGGGGCUGUCGGGGUCCUACAUUGAGCAACGCGCACACUGA